GGAGGUGCAUGGGAAGUGGCAUGGCCAUAAAAGACCAAAAGCAACAGCUUAAUCCCCUGCUCCAGGCUGGGAGAUGUGGGUAAACUUUUUGCUGCCCAAAUGAGGAGAGCAUUCACUUCAUCCCUGGUGUGGGGAGUGGGGAGAUUACCCCACCUCUGGAUUUGCAGGGCAAAUCCUGCUCUCCUGGGGCAAUUUGCAACGAUCAAACCCAGUUUGUGAAGUGCUGGUGUACAGGAUCCCUGGUGGAAUAUCAAAUUCCUGUGUAAUGCAAGUUGUAACAGUGGUUAAUAGCACCAGAAAGUCACUUUGUAGAUAAACUUCUAUUAUGUAAUGGCAGGACGUUGCUCACCCAAGCAAAGUCUCUAAGAUCUUAAUCUCCAGCUACAAUAAUUGCAUUUUCACUGGGAAAGUGCUUGAAGUCUAAAUGUUUUUUAAGGGAAAGUCCUGAUAAGAGAACACUAUUCUGGUUUUGCUGUUGUCCCUAAUUUCUUGUUGCCCAAUGUGUCUGGCAGAGAAUUACAGUCCUGAACCACUGAGCAAGAAGUAGAGGAAAGGCAUGGCAGGUGCCGACCAGGGCACCAAGUGGUGUGGCAGUGUGCAGGGGAGGGGCACUGAACAAGUGAUGUGAUGGGGUGCAGGGCGACAAAGGGGCCGAUGACACCCUCCUCCAGCCUCCCCGCUGGCACAAUACCCUACCCGGAUCCUGCCGUGAACCCCCACAGCUCCCUCCCACAGCCAGGAGAGAAGGGGAUCCCUGCUAAGGGGCCCCAGCUAAUUCCUUACUUCCCUGCAAAACUGUUGCAAACCCCAUCUCCCAUGGCAGCUCUUUGUGCCUCUGUUAAUGUCAUGCCAUACUAAUGCCUUUCAUGGCUCAUUAAUUAACUUCCACGCACUGCUGGGAGCACCUAGCCACUCCCUUUGUCCUCACCUAUCCCAGCCACUUAUAGCAGUGCGGGGAUGCUAGAAAUAGCGUCACAUACAGUAAGAGCCAGAGGAGCCCAUAGACGAAAGGAGUAUUGGAGUCGAUUUGCAAAGGAGGUAUUUUCGAGUUCGCAGCAGUGAGGCAGCAUGAAAAGCCCUGGGUGCACUUCAAGGCAUAUCAAAUGUCUCAUCAUUUUCAACCUUUGCCUGGGACUCAUCUUUCUGUCGGGAUUCUUCCAUAUGAAGAAUAAAAAUUAUAUAAUCUUGAAGAGCCAUGAGGAGCUGCUGAUCCCUUCCAUGCCUUGCCAUGCCAAGACUAAUGUCAUGUUCCUCAAGACCCACAAGACGGCCAGCAGCACCAUCCUGAACAUCAUGUUCAGGUUUGUGGAGAAGUACAACCUCACUGUUGCCCUUCCAGCUGGCCAGCUUGUCCACCUGGGCUACCCGAAGACCUUCCUGGCCCACUUUGUGGAGGAAUUCCAAACCAUAGGACAAAACUACAACAUCAUGUGCAACCACCUGCGGUUUAACGCCUCGGAGGUGCACAAGGUGAUGGCAGCAAACACCUUCUACUUCUCCAUCCUGAGAAACCCCAUUCCUCUGCUGGAGUCUUCCUACGUCUACUACAAGGACAACGUCCCUGCCUUCAGGACCUCCAAGGAUGUGAAUGAGUACCUGGCAUCACCCAUGAAGUAUUACCAUCCAGCAGAUCACAAGAAAAACAUCUACGCGAGGAAUAUCAUGUGGUUUGACUUUGGCUAUGAUAACAAUGCAGAGGACAACAAAAAGUACAUCCAGGCCAUCUUGAAAGAGAUUGAGCAGAACUUCCACCUGAUCUUGAUAGCAGACUACUUUGAUGAGUCCAUGAUCCUCUUGAAGCACACUUUGUGCUGGGAUCUGGAUGAUGUGAUUUACUUUAAGCUCAAUUCCAGAAGCCGGGACACUGUCCAGACCUUGACUCCAGAAAGCAAGGAGCGAAUAAAAGCAUGGUGCUCACUGGACUGGAAGCUCUACCUGCACUUCAACCAGAGCUUCUGGAGGAGAAUUGAGGAGACCAUAGGACUCAAGGAGCUGGAGAAGGAGGUGAAUCACCUGCAAAAGAGACAGAAGGAGCUCAUGGAGACCUGCCUUUUGGACCAGGAGGCAGUGGGGAAGGAUCAUAUCAAGAACAAAGCUCUCCUGCCUUUCCAGUCAGGUGCUACAAAUAUCCUUGGGUACAACCUCAAGCAAGACUUAGACAACAGGACUCUGAGAACCUGCCAGAAAAUGGUUAUGCCAGAGCUCCAGUACACAUCCUAUCUUUACGCUGUUCAACACCCACAUAAGAAGAGGAAGCAGUUAGGCUUGCCCUUGUUGUGGACCAGUUUCCAGGAGAAGAUGCAGCUCCCAACUCCCAACUAGGGCACGUGACAACCCACUGCAGUUUCCCACCUCUUUGCAUCACCCCAUGUCUGGCACGUGGCUGGCCCACAGGACUCUUGUGCAUGAAGGGGAGGCAGGGGGCCUUUGUUCAGGGCCACCAAGCUGGUGGUGGGUCCCUUUUUGGGGGACCUUGAGCCAAAGGCUCUGAGUUGCCCAGAUCCUGCAUGAUCCCUCCUCCCCACUGCUGCUGAGCACUGGGCAGGCUUUCAGCUGGCUUAGACAUUGUGCCUCUUAAUCAUUAAUCAUGGGCUUAGUCAUUUUGUUUGCAUUCAACGUUAUUUAAUGGCCAUCACUACAUCCAGGGUGGUCACAGUUCACUAGAGCAAGUCCUGAUUUUUGGCGUUUAGGGGAAAAAGGGGGAAGGAGAGGGAAAUGAGGAGGAGGGCGCAACGAGGGGAUGCAGCACUCAAAGGAGGAGGAGAGAUGUUGGGUCUCCCAUCCAGCAGUAUCCAUGCUCGAUGAUGCCUAACCACUGUGCGAUGCUGGGGCCCCUUUUCAGAUGGGAGUCCCGAGCAUCGUGCCCAAAGCUGGGUGCGCUAGCUGGCAGCCUUUUCCCACCAGCACAAGAGACAUCCCCCUCAUGCAUGUCAUGAGGUGUGGGGGGCCUCUUGCACCACAUGGGGCAGCUUAUCACUCCCCUAGGAGGGCUUAUUUUGUGGUUUCACCCCUCUCUCUUGGGUGAAGGUCCCCAGACCCUAUGCAUGGAUGGUCCCUUGGGCUCAGAAUUGCUGACGCCCUUUAUCAGCAGGGGCAUCACUGGGCACCCUUGCUGUGUUGGCCAAACUCUCCAACACCAAUUAGGAGAGGGGUGGAGGGAGGCAUGGCCACUGCUCAUUUAGGGCAUGACCUUGUUAUUGAAGGAGGUAAUUAGACCUGGCUGGGAGGUCUUUUCUCAUUUGCCAGCUCCCUGCUGCCGUGCUAGUGUUGGGAAGGUUCGUCAGAAGGACGGCAGCACCAAGCCCAAUGGCUUUGGCGUCACUGCCAUUAAUGAUUGCCCAUUGCCAGUUUCCAACACUCCCACCAUCCCCAAUGGUGCAAUAUUUCAACACUUAUCCAGCAGCUCCUCCUGCUUGUGCCAGUCAGGGCGGCAGCAGAGACCCAGAUGGCAUGACUGGGAUGAUGGAGCUGGGGUCACUUAGGCCUUAGGGGGUGAAGCAGCCCGGCAGCAUCUAAGCUGAAGAAGCAGGAGAGAUGCUGUUGGAGGGAAGCAGAGCUGGAAUUUUCCUCAGCUACAUUUGAACUCAGCAGGUAGCCAGGGAAGCCAGUUGAGGCGAGGGUUAACCUCCUGCAGUGCAACCUGUGCUCCUCUUCAACCCAUGGGAUGUACAGCAGAGAUUAAUAGCUCUGACAUAGUUUUCUGCUCCAGCAACCCUGGCUAAAAUUAACCAGGCUUAGGCGGCAUUUGUAACUAGCUGAGGCAGAGGAGAUGGGAGCUGCAUAUGUUCAGCCUGGGCAAUCCCCAGGGCCCUUUCCUGGCCAAUUCCACAGCCUGAGCCUGGGCUUUUGCCUUGGAGUUUCUGAUCCAAGCUUUGCCAUGUGAAUUUUGUCACAGAAUCACAGAAUGGUAGGGAUUGGAGGGAACCUCUGGAGACCAUCUCGUCCAACCCACCUGCUUGAGCAGGUACACCUUGUCAAGCCCCUUUUAGCUAAACUGAUGCUGGGGAUGGAAUAUAAGCAUUAAAACCAAUUUCUUACAGCUGACCUGCAUGCAGGUGGGGCUCCUGGGAAGGCAGGGACUCUCCAGACCUCCUCCCAUGGGCUGAGAAGCUCAUGGCUGGGUUGCAGCACCUGGACAGGGAGGUCUGGCCUCUCCCAGACUGCAGGAGAAGGGAAACUGAGGUAGGAGAUGCAAAACUCCUGCACACCACCCUCCCCGGCUCCCUUUGCAUCCCCUCCCGGGAGGGUGUCCAAGCAAGGCAGCUCGGCAGCUGCGGGGCCCCCAGCUCUGCCUAGGCUGAUAAUGGUGCCUUUGUGCUGCCCGGCGCUGCACGAGCGGCUGCCGCUGCUGACUCAGGGCUUUUUUCCUGGCCACCGCUGCUGCAGGAGCCCCGUGACCCAUUGAUGGGGGGACCCUGCAAAGGUGGGGGGGUGGCAGUGAAGCAGCAAGGCGACAGGCUCUCCAGAAAGUUGGUGACAGCGGGAGCUGGUGUUACCCUUUAGCGGGGGUGAGGGACAGAGGGGACAUCCCCCAGCUGAGCAGGACCCGGUGAGUACCUUUGCUUUCUCUGUGGGGUGUUUGAUCAGUAAAAGCUCCUAAUCAAAACACAGGUAAAAGCCAUCCUCAGCCACUCUGGCUGUGCCCCGGCACAGGAUGCUCAUCUCCUUCCACAGUGAUAACCUGGGGCACACAGGGACAUAUA